AUGUCGCUGGCAGAGUUCGACGAAAUCAAUUACGACCAUUCGGCCAGCAGGCUUGAUGUGCCUUCGAACUACCUGAUGAAAAAGGCGCGCAGGAACCCGAACGGACUGGAGGAUCUGCGUCGGUCAAUGCGGUCUGCCACCAUUUACGUGGGCAACCUCUCGUUCUACACAUCCGAGGAGCAGAUAUAUGAGCUAUUCAGCAAGUCCGGUGUGAUAAAACGCAUAAUCAUGGGCUUGGACCGCUUCAAGUUCACGCCGUGCGGGUUCUGCUUCGUGAUAUACAACACGCCCGAGGAGGCGCUCGACGCGGUCAAAUACCUUUCGGGCACCAAGCUGGACGACCGUAACAUCUCGCUAGACCUGGACCCCGGGUUCGAGGACGGACGGCAGUUCGGCCGUGGUAAGAGCGGCGGCCAGGUGAGUGACGAGCUGCGGUUCGAAUUCGACGCUUCGCGCGGCGGGUUCACGGUGCCGCUGGUGGACCGUAUCGGCUUCAGCAACACUCACAACUUUGGCGCGCGUCGUGUGAGAGACACCUACGUGCCAGAAGAGCCUGAGGACGACGAGGAAGAGCCUGACACCUACGUGCCGGGCGAGGACUGA